UCAGUUUUACCGAUGAACCGGUUCACUAGCACGAGGACAGAAGAGCAAAAGAAGAUGCACAGCGUCGUCAAGUAACCACGAGAUCUCUAGCAAAAGUUGUGUUGCGAUCGCGACCGAUCGGUGGUGCUGCUCGCAUUAAAGGCUUCUCGAUCUCGAUCAUCGAACAUCGAUCUCUCCGUUGGUUGUUACUGUGUUAACACAGGAAGUUUGGAUAAAAGGGACCCGAAACCACAUCGUUCUGCAGCGCUGCAUCAUGGUUCGGUAGCAUUUGCUUUGUGGUGUUAGCUGCUCCCCAGUGUGUGUUGUGUUGUUGUGCGCCCGGCGUGUGAUCUGUCAACGCAGAUCAUGAUCUACCGUUUAUAGUUGAAGGUGUGUCCCGAAGUUGUUGGUGUGGUGUGCUAGUAGUGGCAAGAGUGAAGAUACACGAACUGUUGGACUGCUGACAGCAAAGCGAGCGAACAAGCGCUGGACAUUCGAAGCAGGAAGCGAAAGAUAAAGAGUUUGUGAUCAAGUGUGUCCGCAAGUACGCUACGAAAAAACCCGAUCAUCAUCAUCAUCAGCGCCAUCAUGUUUAUCGACGAGAACCUUGACUUCGACAUUGUCGAGUGCACCAGCCGCUUCACACUCAACUCGGCUGGUCGUUCACCGGCAGCGCGACGGGCGGAACAGCGCCAGCGUAGUGUCCAGCGACGGGCACGCGCCAACCCACUGCGUAUGAUUCACGACGAUGGCAAACUGUUCGGAUCCCCGUCCAAGGAAGCGCUACCCUCGGAGGAGCUGUCCUUCUACCAGAGUCACAGCCCCCAGCAAAGCCCUCGGCCAUGCAGCCCCUGCACCAUCUGUCCGGAGGAGGACGCCCUGAUGGGGGAACUGUUGCCAUCGGAGAGCAACACACCGGGCAAGCACCAGUCGAUCCCGCUUGUCGCCGUAGACGAACGGGAAGUGAAUCGAAGCACCACCAGCAUCGUCCCCGGGAGCAACACCUCCUCUACGAUCACCACAUCCACUGCGGUCUCUACAUCGGUCACCGGUCACCUCGGGUACACCCGAGUACGCCGGCCACUGGAAGAUCAUGAUACCAACUCGAUGGACUCGGGAUACGGGGCGAGUGUCCUGAACGAUGGUGUUCUCGGUUCGUCGCUCACCGGAACCGUCACCGGAGCGUCCAGCGCGGGCCUGAUGAAGGGCCACUCGAUGUUCCGGUUUGGGAUGUCCUCGUCGUCCAGUGGCAGCAUGUCGCGCCACAGCUCUUCGUCGCCUUCGUCGCGCCGGCUGCUGAGCAGUCUGUCGUCCGGCUCGAUGGAAUCGAUGGACGAUCUGGAGCUGUUCGAUAUGGAAACGAUGCAGGAUGAGGAGUUGUGCGGAGGGCGGUUGCAGCAGCAGCAGACUAGCAAUGGACACAGCAAACAGCAGCCACUGCAGCAGCACCACCACCUUCUGCACCAGCAGCAAUCGGGCCAUCAGCAGCAGCCACCGCAGGAAAGUGGAAUGUUGCUGCCCAGUGGGCUGAACUCGUUGAUCUGUGGUACGAUCAAGACGACGAAAACGAUGACCACACCGGAACUGAAGCGCCCGUUUGUGCGCCGCUGUCUCAGUCUCACCGAGAACACGAACAACAAGCUGAACAUGCAAUCCGGUGGCAGCAGCCCCGGAGUUGGUGCUGCUGGCCCUAUCGUCGGCACACCGACACAGAUGAAAACGCCCGAGCGAUUCGGUCGUAGGUUGAUCGCGAUCGACGAUCAGGAAAACUGCAAUCUAACACCUUUUUCGUCGCGACCCACGGAAAUGGCACGGUGCUUUAAGCGUCCCGAACCGCCUGGUGUUAGCCCGGUGCACAGCAAACGGUGCAAAACGAUUGACGGAUCGCCAAAGACGACGGUGUCGCUCGCGAUCGGCGUGCUGGACAGUCCAUCGCGCACAACGGUCCCGGUGGUGCUGAAGAAACCCGUCUACCAGAAGUCGAUCUCGAUGAACGAUGCGCAGAUCAUGAGUGCACUGUCACGAUCCUCGUCCGAGCCGGAUCUGAUCGGUGACUUCAGCAAGUCCUAUGUGCUGCCGCUGAUGGAGGGUCAGCAUCGGGAUUUGAAGUCGAUCUCCGGCGAUACGAUGGCCCGGUUACUGCGCGGCGAGUUCCGCGACAAGGUGGCCAGCUACAAAAUCAUCGACUGCCGGUACCCGUACGAGUUCGAGGGUGGUCACAUACGUGGCGCAAAGAAUCUCUACACCCAGGAGCAGAUCAUUGAGGAGCUGAUCAGCAGCAAAACGGAACCGCCCGUCACCGAUGGUCAGGAUGGUUCUAGUUCGACCGUCCGGCGCAACAUUAUCGUGUUUCACUGCGAGUUUUCCUCCGAGCGUGGACCCAAAUUAUCACGCUUUCUGCGCAACCACGACCGCAUCCUAAACUCGGACAGCUACCCAGCACUGCACUAUCCCGAGAUCUAUCUCCUGCACGGUGGUUACAAAGAGUUCUUCAAGGCGCAUGCCUCGUUGUGCGAUCCCAUCGCCUACCGGCCGAUGCUGGAUCCCGAGUUCGGUGACGCUUACCGGCACUUUCGCGCCAAGUCGCGUAGCUGGAAUGGUGACGGUUCGACGUGCACGGUGAAACCUACCAAAACCCGUUCACGGCUCGUUCUGUGAGUGACAUUGUGCUAAGACUGCUGCCAGCUAAGCUGUUCACGCUCCGCAUUCGUGAUCAUCGAACAAAACCGAAACAAACACUCCUACCUCCCGCGGGGGGGGGUGGGUGAAAAACAGUUCUGCAAUAGUCCAACUUACGCUACUUAGGCCCAACGCGCACAGCCCACAAACAUAGCUCAUUGCCCAAUGUAGAAACCAUAGCCAUUGUUUUUGUUAUAUUUUUAAAUUCAUAUAUAUAGAUAUGUAUCAUAAUUUCCUUCUUGAAACAAAUAUUUGCGCGAGCGAAUUCGAAGAAACCGAAUCAUACAACUGUCGAUUAGCGCUGUUGAAACGCAAGGAAGCAUUCAUCUGGUGUUACUGAUCUUUCCCAAUCCCUCUCCAGUGUACACGCGCAUUCUUUCAAGACACUAGUGGAUUGUAUAUUUUUAUGUUUCCGUUUGUUAUGAAUUUAUAUUUUUUAUCUGUGAUUUAGGAAUUGCGUUUAUUUUUGGUUUUUUCUUCUCCUUCAACUGAAUUCUACCUAGAGCAAGCCACAUAAAUACGACGCAAUACCGAACGAUCACACAAGCGAUGAAAAGCGCUGGAUUAGUGGUAAAUUGCACAAAAGAGCAACAAACAGCACCAGGGCAGAGAACGGUCUGAACUCAUAUGCAGAUAAAAUUACCAGUCAAAGCUUUACGAGCCUGCGGGACUCGCAAUCGAAAGGUGUUUGCGCGGAACACUUGUACGAAUUGCCCACUCAAUCAGUUUCGUAGUAAAGUGCAAAUUAGAUAGAUAGUUGGGAAGUGAAAAGAUAGAAUUUUUGGAUGCAGCUACAGCUUUUUUUAUGAAAUGUGAGCGACAAAGAGGGAAAUUCGUAGAACCAAUCUGUGCAAACCUUCCAUCAGCAAAGCGCGCGUGUCUUUGUUUGUCCAUUCGUUCUUCCGAGGCUAGUACGCAGAGAACACAGGGGUCAUGCACUGUCCAAGACAUGAGGCCGACCCCCGCGGAACAAGACGAUGGUGAGCUGCGUACAGAAUGAGUUGUUAAGUAGCAAACUGGAAACUGCGAAAUGAACUGUAACUGGUUUUAAUAUGGUAGCAACAGUGCAGGGGAGCGAUGAAGCGUCGACGUCAUGGUACGCCACAGAUUUCAGGAAGAAGUGCAACAUUUUAGAUCGAUAAACAUAAUAAGGUAACCAAAUUAUUAACUAACACUGAGCAACGCAGCGCUAGCAUUGCGAAGCUUAAGGUGCAAAUGUGCAAGAUUCGAUGAUAGCAAAAUACCCUUAUUAGCUUGUAAGCGUUGGAGACACAGUAAUGCAAACCCCUUUUGGCCAACGAACGAUAACACCAAGCAAAUGAACCGUGACCAAGACCGGAGCGAAUCGGUCACCGAACCUGCUUAUGUUGAUGAGAGACUGAUUUUGGCCACUUUCAGGUAGGCCAGCUCCUAGCUGUACAUAACACAAACCGGAGGGUACAACAACGAAAGCGGCGGCGCUUGUUGAUGAGCGCCGCACGAUUAGUGACACGAUAAAGAGUAAUGGAUAGUUAGUAAAGAGCCAGUGGUAGGAAGUUAUUGGUCGUUUAAUAAAAUAUUUAUCACCCUGCGCCGACAUUCGACAGU